GUCGGUUUCAAAAUGGCGGCGGCAGUGAAGAGAAAACCGGAAUCUAUUGUGCCGCCAGAAGAAAGUGAUUUGCUCAGAAUAACGCCACUGUAAGUUGCUUUUUACCUCAAAUCUUGAAGUGACUAUGUAAAUAAGUCAACGCAUUUGUGUUUGAUGGAUACCGAUCUGUUGCUGGUUGUAAACUGCAUUAGAACGUGCGUCUGCACGUGUACUGACCACAAAAACUCUUUAGUAACCUAUCGCAAUCGAUUUCGGACGUUUUCGACAUAUUUGACGGUGCAUUUUCGCAAUUUAGUAGGCCUUUUUCACCAGUGACCUCAGAUAUCCCGGUGGACGUGUCGCUGUAAAUAAAUGAGCAGUCGAUUAACGGUACAAAAUAUUAUUUCUGUGUACGCCAUCAUUGUUAUUAAAAUGGUUUGCUGAGACGGAGAUGCCUUCUCAGACUUUAGGCGUAGGUCUUAAAUUGAAUUAUUUUCCGGUAUGUUUACCUAGGGGAGCUGGGCAAGAAGUUGGUCGGUCAUGUCACAUCCUGGAAUUCAAAGGAAAGAAAGUGAUGGUUAGUAUUACAGGGUACUGAACCCUUUCACUGGCAAGAUUCAAAAUCUUACAUUUUUUGCCGUGACUGUGGGAAACCCAAUAGCCUAAUGAUUCAUAGACUGGACUCUGUGCCAAGAGGUCUGAGUUUGAAACCUGGCUGGGUCAUUGUGUUGUGUUUUAUGAGCAAAAUACCUUACUCUUACAGUGCCUUGUUCUGCCCAGGAGUAGGACUAGGUAUAGGCAUAUAGUCAGGGAAGCCUGACGAAAUGCUAGGGGGGAACUUUGUGAUGGACUAGCAUCUCAUCAGGAGGGAGCAAUGAUACUUUUAGUCACUUCAUGCUGAGAUAAGCUCCAGUUGGAAGAAGCACUUGGUUUAAUUAUUGACUCUUCUGUCUUGACCUGUCCUAACAAUGUAGUGUUGUAUCAUUGCUUGGUUGAUGAUUUUUUCAGUUCUUGUCACCUCUAGCUGUGUAACAACUCCUACCCUUGUUGUAUGUCAAUUCACUGAGUCCUCAGGGUUAAUGAUACUUUCUUUUGUGGACAUUGAGGGUUAUGCAGGCACAAAUACGAACAGUUUUGAAAGAGAGGAACCUUUGAGUAAUUCAACAAAAAAAGAGAUGCAACAACAGAUUUUAUGCAACUGCACCAAUCACUCAACCUUUUUUUUAACUCUUUAACAUUUCCCACUUUUAGCUGGACUGUGGAAUUCAUCCUGGAAUGUCAGGAAUGGAGUCUCUACCUUUUCUUGAUGAAAUUGAUACAGCAGAAAUUGAUCUUCUCCUUGUCAGUCAGUAAGUGGUUAUUAAAGAAACCCAAUUUGUCACAACAGAAGUUUACUCAUCAUCAUCAACUUAUACAGUAGUUGACCAAAAUAAACCCUUGCUCAGUCACCUGAUUUAAUACUUAAUACCUACAAUUAAAUUCUAGUCAUCAAACUUGAUCCUAUGAAAUAUUGUACAAAGGGGGGAAAAUGCUGUCUAACAGAUAAAACGCUAUCCAGUGGUGAAAAAUACUGCGGUAUCUCCUGGAUACUGGAGAUUUAUCGGAUGGAGGAUGGUGCUAUACAAACUCAUAACUACCAGGGUCCAGAGUUUUUUGUUUUGUUUUUUUUUUUUGCUUUUUUUUUUUUUUUUGGAAUGGGGGAUUUUUCUCGUGUUUGGUGGGUGGGAGGAAGGGAAACUUAAAGUAUUCAUGUACAUUGUAUCUAGAGAUCAUGUAAAUAAUUCAAUACAUUAGCUAAUAAUAGAAACUACAAGCACCUGAUGACACCAAAAAAUAAUAUGAGACAGUUAAACAUUGAUCUUUUCUUCUUUAUUUGAGCAAUAACGAAGGGGUGCAAGUUUAACCCUUUAACUUCCAUGAGUGACCAAGACAGAAUUUCUCCUUACAAUAUCAAUACAAUAUCAACCAGAUAGGUGAUGAGAAUGAAGAAAAUAUAAAUUUGGGAAUAAUUAGUUGAUCCAAUACUAAUUCUCUGAACUAAUGUGUAAGAAUUCUAUGGUUGACUGUAAGGAGAAUUGCAAAUUUUAUCUGGGAAUUAAAGGGUCAAGGGAAGGGCCAGAAUUAACGGUAUGGCCUGUAAACAGGGGCUGGGGAGGGGGGAAUACUUGCAAACCAGAAUAAUUUUUUUUUUUGUUUGUAAUUAUAUGUAAAAAGUGGACGCAUGAAAAGGUAGUGGGGUAGGGGGUUAAUUAGCAAUAUUCUGUGGUGUGUUUUUUAUGUACUCUAAGUAUUCAGAUCAGUUUUGAACCUAUGUGCAAGAAAUUUUGUUGUUAUCCAUUUCCAGCUUUCAUCUAGAUCAUUGUGGAUCGCUUCCUUGGUUUUUGGAAAAGGUGAGCAACCACCACAAUGUUCUGAUACAUUGUGAUGUGUGGAAACAACCUGUUCAUUUAAUUUUAUGUUGAAAACUUAGUGAUAAAGUUCAGUAGAUUUUAGUCAUCCUUGUUCUUGUUUGAACUCCAGCACAAUGCUCAAUGCUCCUCUACACAAUUUUUCUUCAGCACUUAUCCCUGAAAUCUGUUUACCCUUAACCCUUUAACUCCCAGAUCAAAUUUGUUAUUCUUGUUACUGUUGACCAUACAAUUCUUAUAAUGUUAGUUCAGAGAAUUUAGUAUUGGAUCAACUAAUUAUCCUGAAAUUGAUAUUUUUCUUUAUUCUCAUCACUUGUCUAGUUGAUGUUGUAUUGAUAUUGUAAGGAGAAAUUCUGUCUUGGUCACUCAUGGGAGUUAAAGGGUUAAUACCCUGAUAUCAGUAUGCAUAUUCUCUGCACUGUUCUAUACAUUUCCAAUGGAGAAUUGGUUUAAAAGCCAAGGGCAUCUUUAGAUGCUGAUUAUUUCUUCAAAUCUUGUGACCUUAGUAUGUGAUUCAUCAGUGAUGCUGUAAGGAGAAAUCAGAUGUGAGUCACUCCCUCGGAUUAAAGGGUUGUCUUCAAUUAAAAUGGCUUUUUUACUCAUAGUUCAUGUUAUUUAAAUGGUGUUUAAUCUUUAAAGGAUUUUUUCUUUGCUUUUUAGACAACAUUCAAGGGAAGGGUGUUUAUGACACAUGCAACCAAAGCAAUAUACAGGUACAUUGCAUGAUUAAGAUUACACAGAUGAAUAUUGCAUAUUAGGAUAUACCACACAAGUGGCUGGUGUGCAGGUGAUUAGCAAGUAUGUUACACCUCCAAGCCGCCGAAGAGACAAGAUCAUAUCUUAAGAGUUUAAUUUCUAACCAUUUUUCAGUAUAUUGACAGAAAUGAACUUAUAAGCUUAAAGCUAGAACUUUUUGGCUUCUGUGUAGGACAUACUAAAAUUUGCCUCAUUAUUAUUAUAUACAUUAUUUAUAAACAUUAUUUGCCUCAGUGUCCAUGAAAGUGGUGGAUAUUUACCAAGCCAUUUUUCAGCAUGGUAAAUAUCCACCAUUAUGAAUUUUUCAACUCUGAUUAUUGUAUUUCAACUGUUCUGAUUGGUUCACUCAACUCCAGUUAUCAGCUCUUAUUCCAAAUCACCUUAUAUGGAAGGGCAAAGCACCAUCUGUUGCAGAGCUGAAAAAAGGCUCCAAAUAAUAUAGCCUGGUUGGCUAUAUACCAUCUUAUAACCAUUUGUGCCCUCAUGGAAUGAUUGUUAACUAUUUCCCUCCAUUUUAGUGAAAAUAGCAUCCAGAGCCCAGCUUUCAAACAAAAUAGGCACCAGUCUGCCUCAUAAUUCUUUUUCAAUCAUUUCUUUUUCAUACAUCGUUCAUCAUUUUUUUAUUUAUUUGUAAUUAUUUUUUUAAUUUAUUUUUUAAAUUAAUUUUUAUAUAUUUUUAUUAUUGUUUUAUAUAUCCAUUUUUUUAGCACUACUAACAUUAUUUGCAAUGUAACAAUACCCAAUACUUGAUUAUAGAUUUGUUUUCUUUAGCAGAUUCUUUUACUGUUUCAAUUAAUCUUUCAGAAUUCUUGGGAAAAAUUUUUCUAGCAAGCAGUUUGAGUUUUUCUCUUUCCUUUCCUUUUUAGGUGGCUUCUUUCAGAUUAUGUCAAGGUUAGGUAAGUAUCAUUAUACAUUUCAAGCAAAGGAGGCCUUUGGAUAGAGAUUCUUCUUCACAUAUUAACUAGAACAUUACUAAUUGCUAUUCCAAGCCAGCUGCAACAAGAGUAUUUUUCACCAAAGGUGCAAUGACAGGCUUACUUACUUAAACAGCUAUGUUUCAGUUGUUUCUACCUGUGUCAGCUCAUACAUUAUACAGCCUGUUGUGUUUGUUACAAAAGUGAGCAUCCACCUUUUGAGGACACUCUUUAAAUACAUUGUCCUCCUCUGCAUCAGCCAGUCCCAGUAAGCUCUUGACAAAUCUCUUUGACUUCCAUUCCUGCUCUAUGGCUUUUUUUAUGAGCUGCAUAUGUAACUCCAUUGAAGUAAUAUAAAUAUAGUUGUUUCCACAAACUAUACAGACACAGGACAGUUUCACUCCUGGAUGUACUUGUCCUUAGUGUGAUACCUCUGGCCUAGUUUAGCAAAACCCAUCAUAGAUUUGCCCUCUUUGUUGGAAACACUCAGAAAUCUCUGAAAAAUUAUCCUUAGAAGUUAUUUACUGGCAUGCAACAAGUGGCUUCAUGGUUUAGUUGGUAGUACAGUGUAGUGCCCAUCAACUAUCUGGGAAUAGAUGUUGAAACCUCAUUGGAGCCUUCAAAUUCUCAGACUCAAUGUAUUGCAAUGACUACUAUUGCAGUGUACCUGGGAAGAACAGUUUGUCAUGUGUCAUUUUUAUUACUGUUCAUUAUUUUUAAUUAGUAACAUUGCAACAGAAGACAUGCUGUACACUGAAUCAGAUCUGGAAAAGAGCAUGGACAAGAUUGAAACCAUUCAUUUCCAUCAGGUUUGUUUCAAUCUACAGCUUUAUCAUUACAUAAUUGUAACUUAUGAUAUCCAAAGUAGUAUUUUUUUUUUACUCUUUUAGGAAAAAGAAGUUAAUGGGAUUAAGUUCUGGUGUUACCAUGCUGGUCAUGUUCUUGGGGCAGCCAUGUUCAUGAUAGAAAUUGCUGGUGUAAAGGUUUGGACAGUCUUCUAAAAGUUUUUUGUCAAACACUUACAUAGUGGCUAUCCUGUGCACAAGAACACAGGCUUACAUGCAGAAAAAAGUGUCCUUGAGGUGCCAGUUUUUCUUGAUAUCCACAUCUACAAUUUGAUGGAUUGUCUAGGUACAUUUUAGAGUAUUUUAAUUAAAAGAAACAUUAUAACAAAUUUAACUUAAGCAUAAACUACACAGUUUCUAAGAUUUUUAAGUGGGAUACAUAUUCAUUACUGUCGGAAAGAGGUGGCCUCUCUUUCUAUGUUACAGAAAAUGUGAAAAUAUGUCCAUGGGUAGCUGGCCUUUGUUUGAGGGUGCCAGUUCACAGAGGCUCAAAUGCACUGUUUAAUAACAAUACUUACUGGACUUUCCGGAAUGAAUUAUUGGCAUUUAUACAUAUCCAUUGAAUUUUGCACCUACAGUAGUUUGCUAUGUUUUUAACAUUUCUUUGAUGUUGUUGUUGUUUUCCAGAUUCUUUAUACAGGAGAUUUCUCUCGACAAGAAGAUCGUCAUCUGAUGGCAGCAGAGAUCCCUAGCAUUUCUCCUGAUGUUCUCAUAAUUGUGAGCUACCAACCAUUUAAACUCACAAGUCUGUUAAUUUUGUUGUGUAUUUGGAGCAUCCAGCAGUGUAUUUCUAGAUGAUUUUGGCUUCAAACUUUAAACUUUUAACCCCUAAAAGUGAAAAGUAUCUGAUAUCUCCAAGUAUUAUCACCACUGAAUCAAACAUUGAGUGCCGCUCCCGCUAAGAGCGGUCCUCCCGACUUCCCGUCGGAAAAAAGUUUUCUUUUAUUUUUUUCCCAUGAAAAGGGUUUAGAGCACAUGUUUCAAAAAUAGUUUAGUUGUUCUCCAAUUCUCUUUUUUUUGCGUCGCCACAAGCCAAAAAUCAUUUUUGGCCAGACCACCCCUGUGAACAGCGAUCGAAAGUGUCAAUUUCAAAGAUUUCGUCCAGCGCGCAGCGACUGCAACAAUGUAGCUCACGGAAUUCUAUCUUGCUACAAGUUACAAGGUGUAUUCAGUUAGUUCACAGACAAAAUAUGGAAACUUCAGCUGAAAUAUUUUUCAUACCAGCGUGAUCAGAGGAGACUCUGCUCUUCGACCUUAAUUUGCAUAUCAAAAAUUCACUACUUUGUACGAAAGAAUUCUCAAAAUGCAGGCGUUAAUCGGGCCGAAAAAGCAUAUCAGUGCAUAGUUUAUACACCAAUGAGGUAACGGAUUACCUUAAACCCGCGGGUAUAUCUCUAGCUUCCAUCCACCAACUUCUUAAAAACAACGCCAAUCCAUGUGUUUGCUCAAUUGCGCUCGUGUCAAAGAUCAUUUGCAUGAUUCUUGGAAUUGACCAAGAUCUCCUUUUGACAGUUCAAACUUCGUUCGUUUAUCUUCUACGUUAAGGAUUUUAGGUUUUCACAGCAAGUGAAUGGCGAUUAGAUGCCGAGUUGUCCUAAAACGUUGCGUAAACGUGAUCGGUCGUAACGCUUGCGCGCUCGCGUGAAACCAAAGUUAGUUAGUGUAACAAAUUCGAAUCGAAAGUUAUUAAAAUGGACUGAAUGACAUUUUUCCGACGGGAAGUCGAGAGGACCGCUCUUAGCGAGAGUGGCACUUAAGUUCACGAGAAUGAAGAAAAUUAUCACAAACUCAAGAAGUGUUUGACUAUGAGACAAAUUCUCCAUGUCAGUACCAUAGGAAAUGUAUAGGGAACAGUAUGAAGAAUUACAUUUUGAUGUUAGGGUGUAACAGGGUUGAAGCACAAGGUUUCUGUGACAAAAAUGAGUACAUGUAGAAAUUUAGAUUCUUUGUUUUACAGCCAUGGCUUAAAGUAUUAAUAUUUUAAAAACGUGAGAUCAAAUGUAUUUAAUUUUCUACUUUAUUUUGACAAAUUAUUAUUUUCUAAUAACAACUAUAGGAAUCUACUUAUGGUACUCACAUUCAUGAGAAGCGAGAAGACAGAGAGAACAGAUUUACAAGUAUGUUCUCAAAACUGAUACCAAAAGAAAAUACACCCUACUACACCAUUAUCCAUUUUAUUCACCCAAGUUGGUGGAGAGUUUUGCAUCAAAGAAUACAACACAGUGACUCUAGGAAAAGCAGAAACAAGUUGUUCCUGUAGUUGAUUUAUUCCUCUGUACCCUGAGAUGUACAGGUGUAGGUAGACACAUAUUUGUCACAACGUCUCUCUGCAUAAAAUGCAGUACUAUUCUAGUUGAUAGGCUCUUCAAUUCUUAUCGAGAGAUGAUCCAACAGCUUGAUAUGAGUACGGCUUACAUUCACAUUUAAACACUCUAGUUAAUUACAUGACAUUUCGUUCAUUUGGUAAAUCAUUCAAGAGAAUGCUGAAAUCGCAGACCAAAGUACAAGUAUUGAAUUUAACUACAGUAUUGAUCUAUUUUUAUGUAAUUUGAAACAAGUAGGCCCUUUUGUCAAUCGUUUUGAAUCUAUUCAGGUACUGUCCAUGAUAUAGUAAACCGUGGAGGAAGAUGCUUGAUUCCUGUCUUUGCUUUGGGGCGAGCUCAAGAGUUGCUUCUCAUUCUUGGUAUGUUAGGUCCAGUUUUCUUUGCAAUUCUCUGUUAUAAUUUUGUAAAUUUCCCUACGACCAAACCCCAUUUUAUGAUUGGCCAUAAAAUGCAAAAAGAUACCAACUGAGUAAAUUUUUAGGGACUUACAGUUAUAGGAAGUGUUUUGUUUUGUUUGUUUGUUGGUUGGGUUUUUUUUUGGGGGGGGAGAGAAGGGGCCGGGCGGUUCUGUGUGGAUUUUUAGUUGUUUCAGUUGUCUGAUAGUUUCAAUGUGCUUUUCUAAGCUAAUACAGCUCACAAAAGAAGUAACAGUGAUGCUUUAAGAAGACUUGUACUGGUCAACCGUUACAACUGAAUAAGGGGGUUAUUUUCUAAAUAAACUGUGGUGCUGGGUCGGUAGGGCUGGGGGGGGGGGGAUUGGGGGCGUUACAAGACAAUUGGGUUGUAUAAAUUGAGUUGAUAACGUAAGUUGGCCGCCGAAGAGACCCUCUAAAGCUGACCUUUCGAGUGUCAGCCCUUUGUCAAUCACUAUGACGAGGGGCUAGCGCUCGAAACUCAGCUUUGGAAAAUCUUUACGGUGGCCAAUUUAUAUUAUCAACUCAAUUGGUAAAAGCCAAUUGUCUUAUAAAUUUAAUAAUCUUGCAUUCAAAGAAUUUACACUCAUGCUUCAUAAUCAGAUGUCAACACCCCAAGAAUCCGUUUUUAACGCCACAGGAACUACGCUUACUUUCUUGUAUUUAAUAAUAACUGCUUAAGUGUAGUUUUUAAAUGAAUAAAAGGGGUACGUUUCUUGGUGCUACGUCGGUAGAAGAGUACAACUGGGUAAUUUAGUAUUAUAAACUGAGUUGAUAACGAAAAUUGGCCAUCGUAAAGAGUUUCAAAGCUGACGUUAGAACGAAUGACAAAGGGCUAAUGCUUCGCUCUGACGAAGGGCAAACGCUCGAAACGUUAGCUUUGAAACACUUUACGGUGGCUAAUUUACGUUAUCAACUAAUAAGUUGAUAAUACUAAAUUAUCCUAUUUUGUAAAUGGAUUCCUGUAGAUGAGUAUUGGCAAAAUCAUCCUGAGCUUCACGAUGUUCCAAUCUACUAUGCUUCACAACUGGCCAAGAAAUGCAUGUCAGGUGAGAGAAGAAUGCCAAGUUUGUAAUUGUUUAUGUUGCGUUAACAAUAUUUUAGAACGUAGAAUGACAAGAAGAAUUUGUUUAACAAUCAGGAGCUUCGUAAAUUGGUGAUCAUUUACUCUCGCGACUUUUACAUUUGAUUAAAAGCAGAUACUACAGGCCAGUCUCUCUUUGCGGUUGAAGGGUUAAAGAAAGAGGUUUGUGAGAAGAAGUUAGAUUUCACAGUUUCAGAGCACUGGGCCCCCUUUAAUUUAUCCUAGAGCAUAACCUUGAAAUGCGACACUUUUUUGAAGGGGAGAAUUUAGGUACAUAGAACACUCAAUGUGGUCUAGAAAAUAUGCCGCUGAAUAAGGAGACCCAAGGAGACCCAUCAUCAGAUGAAGAGACGAUCAGGUUACAGCGAGUGUUUCAUUUUGUAGAAUGUGCGAAACAUUAUUUAAUGUUGCAAACAUCCUAUGCCCUGUUUAAACAACGAGAGAGAGUUGUAUGAGAUUGUCUGUCUGAACUAUUUAUCGGGUAUUGUGCAACACCGUUGUAAAAAGGGGUUAAAACUAAGAGUAAACGAAAGGACUUUCCGCCGGGACAAAACAAAUUGCCGUUGACAGGAAGUGAUCGUUGAAGACGGGGGCAUGUUAGUGGAGGUAAGACACCGAGACUGUCACCAAGACUAAGUUAGAUAAAAGAAAACCAUAUGCGAACCAUACUCCUUGAAGUCGCCGUUGGGAAAGUGUCCUCCGACACAUGCACUGUGACAAUGACCAAGGCUAUUUCUUUUCAAUCCAAAAACGUAUAGAUUAAUUAUUGGCCGUUAUGGUUUACACAUUUACAUAUCGUUAUUUGCUUUUAUUUGCAGUGUUCCAAACAUAUGUCAAUGCAAUGAAUGAGAAAAUCAAGAAACAGGUAAGAUGAUUAUCGUUGCUUCACCAUCCACGCUUAGGUUUAGAAAAAGUCACUGAAAUGCAAUUAUGUACUCUGCAUAUUUGACGGUCGUAUUAAAGAAUUGAAUGGUGGUAAAAUGUUGUUCAUUUUAUGUUUGCUGAUAUAAUCAGGACGUUUCCUUUUUACUAGAUUAUUAAAGUAAAUCUUUUUUGUGUUUAUAGAUCGCCAUUUCUAAUCCAUUUGUGUUCAAACACAUAUCGAACCUGAAGGUAAGGUGGUACUGUAGAUGGUAUGCAUGUGUGCAUGUCAAUGCCAUGUAUUUACAGUAACGAUAGACCACUCAAAGCACAUGUUCAUCAUCUGUUUGUGUGUUGAUUUCUUGGCUGUUUGCAUGCAUGUUUGUUAGUUUAUUCUUUUGUUGGAUUGUUUUUUCUAGGGUAUUGAUCAGUUUGAUGAUAUCGGUCCCUCGGUUGUAAUGGCAAGUCCUGGAAUGAUGCAGGUUUGUGACUGACACAAAAGUUAAGAUUCCAGACAGCUGAAUGUUUUUAAAGGAAAAAAUAUGCAAACUUUUUAUCUUUUUAUUUGUUUCUUUGUUGCUGAUUUCUCUGUUUUUAAGCUGCAUAAACUAUUAAAAUCUUAUCAAGGAGUAGCAGCAGCACACAAAAUGGGCGUUGUGUCAAUGAGAGAAAACCUCGGCCCUAUAAUUCACUUCUUGUGCAUGAAUACAAACCGGUUUUCUUUGCACACAGAGUGGCUUGUCACGUGAACUCUUUGAGCAAUGGUGUACCGAUCGUCGAAAUGGUGUGAUCAUAGCUGGUUACUGUGUAGAGGGGACACUAGCCAAGGUAUUGUGAUGAAAUGAACUACUCAGUAUGGUGCCCUGUUAACGUCCUUUACAGUUUUACACUACUGUUUUAUGUGACCAAGCAAACUGUUUAUAGGAAACAUGAAGCCAUUUUAAGUUCAACAAAGGCCUGCUGGACGGACAAACGGAAAAGGGAAAUGGGCGGGAAAGGAACCAUUGUCAAUAAAUAAGUGUUCUUGCUAACGGCUCGAUUACGGCUUUAAAACUUGAAUGAAGUGAGCCAAGUUGCUUAUUAAAUCGCGUCCAACUCCUGAUCCGAUGAUGCACUCGUAGAACUCAUAAUCUCUUUACCUUGUUUUGAGAGCUCUGUCAUUAGUUUAUUCUUAAUCUAUUUGCAUUUUGUACCAGACUUUGAUGUCAGAACCUGAAGAAAUAGCGACCAUGACAGGACAAAAGAUUCCACGCAAAUGUUCUGUCGGUGAGUGCUGGUGUUUCUAAUACUCAGAAUAUUUUCUUGUGGUACAUGAAGCUAUCUAUUUGAAGAAAAGUUCGAGUUUCCUUCGAGGAAACGAAGCCUCGAGUAUCAGACUUUUUUUCCAUGGAGAGUAAACCUUUAAAAUGUUUUACAUGAUGUUCCGACUACUGUCCGUCAUGAUAGAAGUGAUUCGUGGUAGUAAAGAACUUUUCAGUGGCUUUUCGGAGGAAAUCUGAGAUGCAAUAGGCUGUACCUCAGUGCGAUCAGCCAAUCAUAUGUAAGACUUGUGUGUAGUGACAUGCAUAAUCUUUAAAUUCCAGUCGGCAUCCAGUGAUAUGAACACCUGAAUUAAUGGUUUGUUCCUAGUUCUGUGAGAUUAGCCUUUAAAGAGUUAAUUGAUAAGCGCUCUUAAAGAAUUCGUUAAUGCUCAGCGUGCGUUUCGAGCUAUGGAUGCACGCAGAAAGUUUGGAGAGCACGAGAGAAGAGUAAGAGUUGUUCGCGGCGCGAUAUAGUUGCUCGAGAUAUUUUUUCUUCCUGAUUUUUUCGACUGGUUUUCAAGGUACUUUUAAUGUAGUCUAUUUGAAGUUUCCCAACAAUGAAUGUAUUCCCUUUCAGUGAAUUUCAGACCAUGCAUUAGUGUAAAAAUAACAAAUUGAUUCUGUGAUUUGUUAUUUGCAGACUACAUUUCAUUCUCAGCUCACACGGAUUUCGAACAGACAAGUGAAUUCAUUCGAAUUCUAAAGCCCCCUCACAUUGUAAGUGAAAUGUAGAGAGUUUCAAGAAAUUUAAACAAGUUGUAACAACUCAGCCUCAGUUUCCUGUAGACCCUUCUUACUUUAGAAAAGAAAAAGGCUCCCCUUAUACAUAGGCACAGAAAGUAAGUAUUCAAGUGGUCCAAAAGGCACGAGCUGAAAUUUCAAGUUCAAAUGAAUAUUUUGACACAGUUCUAGAUUGGAAAAAAUGAACAAGUCCCUGCUUAUUUUAAGAAUCCAAACGCGUGAGCGCAUCAUGGACAAGGUUUUCAAUACACUGGUUGGAUACAAUUAACCUUAACCGUCUUGUGAUUGCUUCAAAAAAGUUUGUUAUAUUUUCUCAGGUGCUGGUUCACGGUGAACAGAACGAAAUGGGUCGACUGAAAGCCGCUUUGAUUCGUGAAUACGAGGACAAUCCAGUAAGUUACGCGCGGGCAAUGUUUUGUAGGUAUUAGCUUUUUCAAUAGAUAAAGUGCUCAGACUAUUUCUUAUUUUGUACCUUCAUCUACAGGAUGCCAGUGUGGUGGUUCAUAACCCCCCUAAUACUCAAAGUGUAGAGCUCUAUUUCCGGGGGGAGAAAAUGGCCAAGGUAAGCAUAAUUUAUUGUUUCGUGUUACUGCAUGAAUAAACUUGAGUGAAUUUCUCCGACCACUUACUGUAACUCUUUUAAGGUUUAAAAGUCUUAUUUACAGUUGGACCGCGUCUUACUCUCAUAUGGAGUGAAAUAGUGAACACUUCUUGAAUUGACAUACUACACUGCGUGCGACCCUUUCAGGUGAUGGGAAGUUUAGCCGCCGAAAAGCCUGAGCACGGAAAACCAUUGUCGGGAAUUCUUAUCAAACGAGGCUUUAAUUAUCAUCUGAUUGCACCAGAUGAUCUCCAAAGUAAGUCCGCUGACAAUGUGCUGUGAAGCGUCGCACCGCACUGCAUCGCGCCGCAUUGCAUUGUUCAUAAUUUCCAUACUGAAGAUCAGAGGAAAUACUUUAGUUUUACCUUGAUGACUGCUCGCACAUAGACUUACCUGUACCAAGCAUAGAAAAGACGAAUAAGAGCUAGGUUGAAGAACUUUAGAUGAAAGCAAUCUGACACCAACUACCUGUGGAUUGUAGGAAAUAGUUGCACGCUCUUCAAUCUCUAAGAAUUUAAACAGAAUUUCAAGAAUAUUACAACUUUACGUGUGCUGUUAUCCUCUUAUCUACCAAAUCCAGACAAAAAAACUUUUCCUUAGCCUUUUGCCCGUAAUGUUUGCCUUGGACUACUAAAAGACGUUUUCUUCGAGCCCUAAUUAACCUAGGAGAAUAUGAUAAGUUUCGAUAUUUAUGGUUCCUCUACAUGUUGCUUGGCUCCCUUUGCUAAUCAUUAAUUUCAUUUUUUCCAUUUUUUUUUACAGAUUACACAGAGCUAUCCACGAGUGUUCUUACUCAGGUAUGAAAAUUAACAUGACUCAGCAUUAUACUUUGAGAACUGGGAACGAGAUCAUCGAAAUAACCAAACCGUACUGACAUCAUAAUUCCCAAAGAAGUGUGCUGAAAAUAUUGUUGGUAUACGAAAUUACUUUAUUAAAACGACAUAGAAUUUGCAAAAAAAUAGUAGAAGAACACUGCAAUGGUAGAAAUGCACCUUUUGCAAAGCAAGAUUGAUUUGCAUGACCGCUGCUUACGUUCUAAAGAGAUUUUCUGUUUGCCCUGACCAUUUUUUUAGUUGUAUUUUCUUUUCUCCUCUAGAAACAAACUGUGGCUUUCCACGGUGCCUUCUCCCUUCUUCUGCAGUGCAUGGAGAACUUAGCUGGUGAGGUGGAACAACUCUCAUUACAGGGAGGCAAACUCGCGCUGAAAGUGUUUAAAGCUGUCACAAUCGUUCAGGAGAAACGAAGCGUUGUUGUGGAGGUACACAAUAGUGCUAUUUGUUCUUCUCGGUGUGACUUUAUAUUAACUUAGAUGAGACUUCCCGCUGUGUUCCUAGCGUUUCUUUUAGGCGAAAGCUGAGCAACAUCUCUUGUGUUCUUGUCGUUUUCCUUGCUAUUGCCAUGGAUGUUAUAGGUCUGUCGAUUGAUGACAGUCUUGUUUCCUUUUAGUGGAUAGCAAACCCUGUGAACGACAUGUACGCCGAUGCUGUCCUGGCCGUGAUUUUACAAGUUGAAUCUAAUCCCACAGCUGUUCAAGGUGACUGAUUUGACUUGGACUGUUGUACUGAACGCAUGUUUGCCUCUAUCUUCAGUGUGUCUGUGUGAUACACAUGUAACUCCUUGUUUCCAAUUGGUGGCUGUAAGACUAUGUAAGAAAGGCUUAGUUUGACCUCUGUUUUUAGGCCCUCUUCCAUAUUUGACAAUUAGGUUACGAACUCGAUAUUCUAUCACAUGAUAAUUGAUGAAAGCGAAGCCCAGACUACCUAUUUCGCCUGGAAACCGAGAGCGUAUUAUGUAAUUGUUUUAGUGUAAAUAUACUCGUCGACAGGUACAAGCUCAUGUUUUUAUUUCAUAUUUAUAACACCACACAAUGUUUGGGUACUCACUUUACACACGAUCUAUCGUGGUGUUGGUAGCAAAUAGCACAACCAAUCAGAUUGCAGCAUUUUUGUUAGAGCGCAGUUUACUUUAAGCUAAUUUUAAUCAGUUGGUGUCGAUAGCUCUGAAUGUUGUCACGAAUUUUCCAUUGAUCAUCAACUAACUUCCCUUUGACUCUUUGUUUCGACAGCUGCUCGUGCUAAGAAGCCAGAUAUAAGCCAGUUUCCAGAAAGGUAUUUUUGUUUGUCUUUAUGUUUCUGUUUUCGUUUCUCCUUAUCUUAGAUUUGCCCUUUCUAGAAAUACAGGUGGUCCUCUCUUUGGAGUGAUACACCUUUAUUCUGGGGACGCCUCCAACCAAGGGGCCAUUUUUUUUGACCACUGAAAAAAGGCUCAUUUAAUCUGUGUUUGUUGCCUUGGAGAGAAAUCUCCAUGAAAGGAAUGGUAUAUUUAGUCUUAAGAUUGUCCCCGGAAUUGAGUUUCUACGAAAUAAGAUUUGUUGAUUAAAAUGACUCUGAGGCAGUUGCAAAAGCUGAGGAUACUUGAACGUCGUUAUGUUAAUGAUUAGAUAACUGUUGAUUCCCCCACCGCUUCAGCCUCAGAUUAACUUAGAGGUAUUGUUUUCCUCGCCCUGACCACUACCGAUACCAACUGUAACAUAAGUUGGUAGGACAAAGUCCCUUAUAUAAUUCACACGAAUGGACAACCAGACCUUAAAGUGACCUGUUACUAAUGGCGAGCUUACUAUCUUGGACUUAUCGCCAGAGAGUUGAGCCUCCAAUAAGGAAUCAAACCUUAGAACCUCAGGUCACCAAUGAUCUCGUGGCUCAGCAGGCCAUUCGCUCAGUCCAUGUAUGAGAAGGAACGAGGAGAAAGAGAGUGGGAGAAGUGGGUGGGACUCUGGUCUAAACAUCAGCAUCUGGAAAGGGGAUCUCAGUUUACGUCUAGAUGUCAAAGUUAAUUCAUUGGAAUUGACAAGUCCCCGCCAACGCCCAAACUUCCUCUCUUUGCAAACAAGCACCCUGCACACUAUUCAGGUCACUGAGUGAUCAAAGUAUUUGUUCAUUUACUCGCCACCGGCUCUCCUUUUAUCCAACAGACUGAUGAGGCUUUUAAGCGGCACUUACGGCGAGGAUGCUGUGACAAGAACCACGAAAGGAGACCAAAUCUCCGUCAAGUUGGACGGACAGAUAGCUGUCAUCGACCUUGAGACACUGGUAAGAUGUCGGUCAACUGUAUGACAAAUUUUAACAAAGUCACAACAGCGAUUGAUAGAGUGACUGAUUGCUAUUAUCUUAUUUUACCUUUCAAAGGAGGUAGAAUGCUUGGAUGAAAGUCUACAGAGUCACGUGGCCUGUACGGUGAAACGACUUCACAAUACUAUGGUACCUUGCCAUUCCUGAGAUAAAUGGAGAUGAACGACACCCUCAGGAUGAAAAAAAGCAUGUAAAAUCAAGUUAAAAAACGCACGUAGUCGCCUGUAACUUUAAAUCCCUUUUAGAAACCUUCACGUGCAGUAUCACGCCUAUAAACAGAGAUGUCUUUUGCAUCUCACGGUUUCAUUUGACCUUAUAUUUUACAAAGAGCAAGAGGCAGGAACGCCUCGCUGUGUUUCUCUCAUGCCCUGUCUCAGAUCAUACCAGUUUACAUCAACCCCUUGAGGAACAUUUGACUUGAGAACGCAAGAAGACUCAUUAAAACAUUGCUUAUUUAAAAAACGACUAAACACAUCUCUUUUACCUCAUUGUUAUUGCGGAUACUUUAGCAUCACACUUACUAGUAAACCAAGAUGUACGAGACGCAACCUAUUUUACUGGUAAGGUAUAAAGAUGUAUUCCUUUUGGAAUUGGAAUCGUAGAGGCUCCGCUGGGUUCGUGGAUUCGAGGGAGCAAAGCAACUGACUGGAUCAAUUAUGGGCAAUUUAACUGAAUUUUCAUUUAAUCCGCAAAUUAUUGCUACGUUAGUCUUUCUCAUAAAACUCUACAACCACUGUAGGACUCACUUAAGCAAUUACAUUCAAUUCUAUAUGUUAUUGAAAAAUCUCGGAUGCUUCGCUGAGCAUGCCGAGUAUUUGUACUCUGUUUUACUAAUAUAACUAAGGAAAUAUACUGAAAAACUUGUGCGGAACAAUUACAUUCACUGGUUUGGUUGUCAAGGAAUCUUCACCGCUGAGCCCACGAGGUCUUCGGGGCAAGUAUUGUGCAAAUUUAAUGGCGCUAGCUGGUCAAGAGAUGCUUAUUUCUAGUAGAGUAGCAUGUAUCAGAGAGGUCAUAUAAUUAAGCGAUUAUGUAAUCUCAAACUGAGCUCGAUUAUUGCUAUGAACAAACCAACCCUCCAUGAAUUAAACACCCAG